AUGAUAAUCUAACUAGUGUUCCACUUUAUUAGGUUAUUAUUCUUAUAUAGAGAAAAUGAUCAAUUUAUUACUUUUAUGAUGGUUCUAUUUAUUUUGUAAAUUAUGCUAGAAAUCUUGUGCUAUUCAAAAAAAACCCUUAUUUAAUAAAUCUUAUAAUAUUCUAUAAUACUAGCAGAUAUUAUUGUCUUUUAAGUCGAGACUAUAAAGUAUGGUUUUAAUGAUGUUCAUUAAAAUUUUUUUUUUAUUAUUUUUAUUUAAGCUUAAGGAGAUAUACAUAAUGAAAAUACAUCAAAAACAAAAUAAUAAAUUCUUAAAUAUUUUCUUUUAAUUUUGUUAUUUCUUAACUAAUAAUUUGAAGUGGAAUGUGAAGAUAAAAAGGAAAUUUUAAAUUAGGAGUAUAUAUCAAUAGUAAACUACAAAUUAAAUAUUUUACUUAUAAUAUUCUUACUUUCUAAGAGUUAAAAGAUUGAUAAAGAGAAAUAAAUAUAAAAAAGUGGAUCUAUAAAAGUAGAAUAAUUAAAAUUUAUCAAUGAUUAAAAUGAAAAUUAAAAAAAACAUUGUUUUACAUAAAAAUCAUCCUCUUUUCAUGUAAGCGAAAUAGUAGAAGAGUUUUAAACAAUUAGUAAAGGAGUCAUUCAUUAAAAUGUUGAUUUUAAUUUGAUUUUGGAUGCACUUUAAGAAGGUGUAAUAUUAGUGCAUUUUGAAAAAUCAGAUGAUCCAAAUUUACCUAAUCUUUAAAUUGAAUACUAAAAUUAAAUUAGUAAAAAUAUGUUUUAGAAAACAAAUGAAGAUCUUCUAUAACUAUUUGAAAAAUUACCUACUGAAGUUCUUUAAGAUGAAUAACCUAUAUUAGCAAGGAGUUCCUUAGUUUUAUUACAGAGUUUUGCAUCAUAAUAAUACAAAAAUAUUCAUAAAAGAGCAUCAAUAUUGAAUGCUGUUUGUACAUUUGCUUAAGAUACAAAGAAGGAUUGUAAAUUUAAUAAUAUUCAUACAUAAUCUCCUGGUAUGGCAUAAUUAUCAUACUAAGUAAAUUAUGAUUAACUAUAGUUUAGCUUAAUACAGUAUUAAAAUGUCUUAUAUAUGUUUUUACUAAAAAAAAACUAAGAUUUGAGAUCAAUGGUAAAGUUGAAGCUAUGAUCUUGGAGACAAAUUUUGAAGUAGACAAUAAUAAAAAAUUGAUUGAAUUAAUCAUAACUUUUGGAGGGGAAAACAUUUUAUUGAUUUUAGCUCGUGAUGUUGUUCAUAGGAAAAAUAUUAAAGAACUUUUGGAUAUAAACUAAUCUAAAUCUAAGACUUUGUCUUUUGUAAGUCAUGAGUUUCGUUCACCACUAAAUGUAAUGCUUAAUAUUUUAAGUGAAUUAAAAGAAGUUUCUUUUUAGAAUAAGAAUCUUUUUAAAAGCAUUUAGAUAGUUAAAGAAAAUGCUGCAUAUAUGUUAAAUUUAGCAAAUGAUUUACUUGAUUUAGCUCAAAUUAAAUCAGAAACAUUUAAUUUAAAUUUAAAAACUUUCAAUUUAUUAGAAUUAGGAGAGGAAUGUCUUUAAAUGUUUAAGCUUUAGGCAGAAUAAAAAAAAAUUGAAUUGAAAAAGGAAACAAAUAUAACACCAUUAUAUUUAUUUACCGAUAGAAAUAGAUUAAAAUAAAUAUUUAUUAAUUUGAUUGCUAAUGCAAUGAAAUUUACAUAAUCAGGUUCAAUUAUAAUAAUAUUCUAAUAAAAAGGAUUAUUAGUCGAUGUUGGGGUUAAAGAUUCUGGUAUAGGAAUUUCUGAGGAAGGAUAAUAAAAUUUAUUUAAAGCUUUUGGAAAAAUUAAAGAUGUUUAACAUCAAAAGUUGAAUGAAUAAGGGGUAGGAUUAGGAUUAGUAAUAAGUAACAAAAUAGCUUAAUAAUUAUCUUAUAAUAAUUAAGGUUUAUAAGUAAUUUCAAAUUGUAAUAAAGAAAAGGAUCAUGGAUCUUUCUUUUACUUAACUUUAAGUAUUUAGGAUUUUCAUUUAAAAGUUAAAUCAAUAAAAAUAGAUCAAUUAAGUAAUUCUAUAGAUUUUCCAAUUAUUUAUGAAGAAGAAGAUCUUCCAAAUUACAAUAUAACAACUUUUGAUGCUCUUAUAUCUUAAAAGGGUAGUACUAGAGACACUAAAAUGUAAUGUUAGCAUAUUUUAAUAGUUGAUGACAAUGUAUUCAAUCAAAAUAUUCUAGAAAUGCAAAUAUCUUAAUUGUAUUUAUUUAUUAAUUCUAUAAGUACAAAAACCAAAAUUGAUAAAUCAUUUAAUGGAUUGGAAGCAUUAUAGUUUGUAAAUUCAAAAAAAUGCAAUGAAAAAUGUACUGGUUACAAUGCAAUAUUUAUGGAUUUAGAAAUGCCAAUUAUGAAUGGAAUGGAGGCUUCUAAAUAAAUCUUGAAAACUAAACCAGAUAUUAAUAUAUUUAUUGUUUCUGGAUAUGAUGAUGAUAAAAUAUAAUAAGAGGGUUAUAAAUUGGGAGUCAAAUAGUUCUUAAUAAAACCAUUUUCAAAAGACAAAGUAUAAAAAAUUAUUUAAGAAUAUAAUUUGUGA